AAGUAAAGUUCUUCAGAUAAUGCAACAAAGAAGAAGUUUAGGAUGGAUAAAAGUUUCUGCUGUGCAUCUUCAAACAGGAAAUCUGAGAUUCAGAACAACUUAUAUUUUGGCUUGUAUUCGCUGAUCAUGGGGUGAUCCAGAAAUAAACUCCAGGCUUCAAAGCAAGAGUGUUUCAAAGCUGUCCUGCAGUUGAUCGAAACAUCCAGGCAAAGCAGGGAGAUGAAUACCAGCGAGGAUUUUCUGAAUUAAGACUUAAUCAAGGAGAUAACCUAUUUCGACAAUAUUAUUACCCUUUUAUUUCAGAACAGAAAGGAAAGAAAAAAAUAAAGAUAAAAAUGGCUACAACGGCAGCAAAUACUCAAAGACAAACGAUAGGCUGUGAGGAAUACAGCCUGUACAGCAGCUUGAGUGAAGACGAGCUUAUAAAGAUGGCCAUCCAGCAGAGCUUGGAAGAGGACCCUGUGGGUCAGGGGGCUGCCCAGAGCCACCAGAAGUCGAUGGUGGCGGGUCCCAGCGAGGCGACCCUCCCCGGCCGUGCCAGCAGCCACAACCCACCCUACCACAUCUACCCCUGGCAAAGAUUGGCAGCCCAGCCGAGAGGCCGUGCUCAGCCAUCCAGCUCGGGGGCAGCCUGGGGGGUCAGGCGAAGGUACGACGGCAGCCUGUUCAGCACAUCCCAGCCCGUAGAACUUGACCCUGUAGUGGCAGCAAUCAAGGAUGGAGAUGAAAAAGCAGUAUGUAACAUGAUGAAAUCAGGAAAAAACCUUUCUGAACCUAAUAAGGACGGCUGGAUACCCCUCCAUGAAGCUGCAUACUAUGGCCAAGUGGGUUGCCUGAGCCUGUUGCAAAAAGCAUACCCUGGUACAAUCGACCAGCGCACACUCAAUGAGGAGACGGCUCUCUACCUGGCCACCAGCCGGGGCAACCUGGACUGCCUGCUCACCCUGCUGCAGGCUGGGGCUGAGCCCGACAUCUCCAACAAGGCCAGAGAAACGCCACUCUACAAAGCCUGUGAGCGCAAGAAUGCAGAGGCCGCAAGGCUCCUGGUACAGUACAAUGCUGAUACCAACCACCGUUGUAACCGAGGGUGGACUGCUCUCCAUGAGGCUGUCUCUCGAAAUGACCUGGAGAUUAUUGAUAUCCUUGUGAAAGGGGGUGCCAAGAUUGAGUCUGCGAACGCCUAUGGGAUCACUUCUUUAUUUGUGGCAGCUGAGAGUGGGCAGUUGGAAGCUUUGAGAUACCUGGCAAAAUGCGGUGCUGAUAUAAAUACUCAAGCCAGUGAUAACGCCUCUGCUCUUUAUGAAGCCUGUAAAAAUGGACACGUACCUAUUGUGGAGUUUCUUUUGUCCCAAGGAGCAGAUGCUAACAAAGCCAACAAGGAUGGCCUGUUACCUCUUCACAUAGCAGCAAAAAAAGGGAUUUGCGAGAUUGUCUCCAUGCUGAUCCCUGUGACCAGCCGCACCCGUGUCAAGCGUAGUGGCAUCAGCCCCCUGCAUUUAGCAGCUGAACGCAACAAUGAUGACAUUUUGGAAGAGCUGAUUGAUGCUGGCUACGAUGUCAACACUGCCCUCUCCAAUGAACGCUCCUGCCUUUACGAGGACAGACGCACCACUCCCCUCUAUUUCGCUGUUUUUAACAAUAACAUCUAUGCCACAGAGCUCUUGCUGCAAGCCGGAGCCAACCCCAAUGUUGACCUCAUUAACCCAUUACUCAUCUCCAUCCGUCACGGCUGCCUGAAGACCAUGAAACUGCUCCUUGACCAUGGAGCAAACAUUGAUGCCUAUAUAUCAAGUCAUCCCACUACCUUCCCAGCUACCAUCAUGUUUUCGAUGAAGUACCUUUCUGUGCUGAAGUAUCUCCUGGAUCUGGGCUGUGACGCAGGUUCCUGUUUUGAGUGUCAGUAUGGAAACGGCCCACACCCUGCAUUAAAUUACAGACGGGACAGACUUAAUGAUCCUCAGCUGUCCAAGGAGCCAACUGUAGUACAGUUUUGUGAAAUGGUGUCCACUCCAGAGAUGAGUCGCUGGGCCGGGCCAAUCAUCGAUGUUCUCCUGGAUUAUGUGGGUAACGUGCAGCUCUGUUCCCGGCUCAAGGAGCACAUCGACAGCUAUGAGGACUGGGCUGUCAUUAAAGAAAAAGCAGAACCCCCACGACCUCUUUCCCAUCUUUGCCGCAUCAAGGUACGAAGCUUAGUUGGAAGAAACCGCAUUAAACUUCUGGACACCUUGCCUCUCCCGGACAGGCUGAUUCGGUACUUAAAGCACGAUUACACGCAGUGAGCCCAGGCACACGGGACACGCAGCGGCUUCCUGGCACGGCAACCCAACGUCAUCGGCAUGGCGAGGGCGCAUAUCGUGCAUGGUGGGGAGGAAUUGCUGCUGGCUUGGUCAAGCGCCCUCCAAUCAUUAAUCUAAGAGAUAUAUGCUUCUGAAGCAUCAGUGAGAAGAAAACAGAGAGACAGAGAGCUAAACAUAGGACCGUUGUUAGGUUUUCCAAGAGAAAACACGAUACACCUCAGAUCUUGAUCUGCAAAGAGCAAGAAAUGAAAGCCAACACUGAGAAAUGCACAGUGCUGAAGCAAGUAUCAGUGAGGAAUUCAAAGGUAUCCUGGGGGUGUGGUGGAGCUUAGCAUCCUUGCUGUGAUCACAAUUCAGAAAUUGUCAAGAAUCUCCAUAUUUGGGAAAACAAUCACAUUUCCGUCACUGACUGAGAUCUUUAUUUUCGUUUCUAUUCUACUGUUUGGAUUUCUGCUAAGUGUGCUGGUUGCUAAUUCCCUGAUACUUUUACACCAUCUAGCUAACACUCUUCCUUUCUGUUUUUUUUGACUUAUUGAGUACCUGAUUUCUGAAUAUUCAAAUAUCAGAACUUUUUAAUAGACUAACAUGCAGAAAUGCUGGUUCCUUUAAAAGUCAAGGAAAGGUUUCUUUAAGAAGGGUGUAAGAAUUGUAGUUGCACAUAGUGAAUAUAGUUCAGUUUGUAUUAUAUUUGCAAUAAGAAGUAGGUGAAAUUCUGCUUGAGAGAAUUUCCUAGACUGGGGAUUUGAAAGCAACUCUGAGCUUUUUUUUUUUUUUUUUUUUUUUUUUUUUGGUGUAAAUUAGAAGUAGCUGCACUGUAAAUAAUAGCUUUACUCUGUCAUGAAGCUGGUGUCAGAACAGCACAAAGCCACAGAGGAGCAGGAACAGAAAGUGAUGUGAAGGAGAGAGGCAAGGUACGUAGGGAGAGGCAACACUGCUAAACCAACUUUAUCCGUUCCUCCCCAAGAAGAUCUUGUCCCUACAAAACCCAGCCUCUCUUGCUCCUUGGACCUCUGUGGCUAUAACAGUACCAUCACUGGAAGAAAAGGGAGAUUUUUUUCAAAAUUAUGGAAGUCAGACUUAGACUUUUAUGAAAACAAAUACCCAGAAUGAGGCUUACAAAUCCUUAUUCAGGUGCCUAAACAAUGCCACAUUGCUUGCACCAGGUGUGGUUCCACUUAAGCCAAUGGGAACCGCAUUUGGUGUCAGAUAUUACUAAGGCAGAAUAAAAGUCUUAGGAUUUUGCCCUGAAUUUCCUGACUUCAGAAGUUUGAAGUAUCUAUUAGCUCCCUUUGACACUGAUGAAAGUUAUUAUCUCAGCUUCUUUGAAAAUUAGGUCACCUAUUUACAGCUCAGAUCCACAACUGAUUUAUGGCAGUUUAACAAGUUACCAUCUAUCAGCUGAACCGCUAUAAUUGUCCGUGAAAUUCUUUUAUUGAAGUUUUUAACAAGUCACAUUCCCUCACAGCUGGGGAGGCUGAGGAGCCCAUGAACAGUUAUUGGCAGUGACUACAGCCCAGUUGACAGGUGUGACUUGCUGAACCACUGAUCUGAUGAGUGCCUUAUUCCUGACUAGGCAUCUCAGUAAGAAUGGAAGAGCCUAAAUUUCAGAACUAAGCCUUUGCAGACUUCAUGCUAGAAGCAUGCUCAUUCUUACCUUAGGUGACAAAGGAGCUGUGCACCAUGGUUUGUUUGGAUUCCCCACCAGAGACCUGACAGAUCUGGCUCUGUUUGUUGGCCUGCGUAGCAUCCAUGGUAUCAGAUAGAAAUGUAAGUAGGGAAAAUGCAUUGCACCGAGUUUUAUUUGUGUGGAGUUUUGUACCUUAACACAGGACUAAAAGUGUGUUGCACACAUACAAGUCUGUCUGGGCGCACAAGUUCAGAUUCUGUGAUGGUUUGUGUGAAAUAUGUUCAGCACUUGUGGGACAGGAUGUGAGCAGAAGAAGAGUUGUUUAUAGCUGCAGGCAUUCUGUCCAUAGCUGUCCCCUUUCCAAAUGCAAAAGAAGUUGAAAAACCAACAGAGUUUCAAUUCACACUAAACAGCGAUCUUCUUGCAAAGCUUUGGAAAGUCAUGUGAGAUUCUUCCACUGCUGAAAUUUUGUCCAGUGACUUCCAUUGCUACCAGUUUAAGACCCUACCCCCUUGUCUCCUGCAGCAUGAAUGGGGAAUUGCUGCUUCUCAGAAGAAUACUGGGUGGAGGGAAAGGAAUGGGGAACAGGAAAUAUUUAGACUGGUUUUGCCAAGGAAGGCCAUCUAUUGGUAAGCAAUAUCUUGGGAGAUGGAAAAUCACCUGUGGAGUCCAAGCAACUCUCACUUUAUGGCACCGAGCAGUGAAGGUCUGGGUCCUACUCAUGUUGAUAGAGAUCAGAAGAAAAUUCCUUGAAAUUAAAUGAGAGUAACAGAGCAGAGUCAUAUAGGGUAAUGGAUGCAGACACUGCUUGUUGGAAACCAUUUACUUAAGUGCUUUUUUAGUGUGCAAUGACAGCCCUGGAGACCAACAGCUGAUAGAAGGAUUCACAGUCACCAACUGUAUGUAUAACCACAGGGGUGGGAUUUCAUAAGCUAUCCCACACUGGGAAUCUCCCCUAAGCCAACAUUGUUAUGUACACAAGUCUCGCGAGUUGUGAUUUCUUUUUAUGUCCUUGGAGAAGUUGUAACUGGGUUUGAGUGGAGAAAGUAUAGAAAGCCUAUUUCUUCUUUCAACCAAGAGACCUUCGUCUCUAUUGGGAGGACCCUGGUUGCUCUCAACCAUCUGUCCUGAACAGGAGAGUCACUGAUCUAGAGAGAGCACUGGUCUGAUGGGAACUUAACGCAACUGCAGGAAGGAUAAGGGGACACUGUACACAGAAACUGAAGAGAGAAGAGGCUGUUAGUGAGGGAAUCUGGUAAUUGCAAUGUUAUUAAGUGCUUUCUGCUUGAUCCUUAGAGCAAAUCUUCACACACUCAGUUUACAUUUAUUUGCACUGAAAUGGAGCCCACUACCUCUCCACUCUAGUCAUUGACACAAUAUUUUGUAUGCAAUACUGAAUCUGCACAAAUUCAUUGUAUAUUUAAUGCAUCUAUCUAGAAGUUACUGUGAAAAGACAAAUACCCCAAAACCCAAACAAACCAGGCUUUGUAAGCAGAUCAGUAGUUCUAGUGAAAGGUAAAGUGGCUUGUUUUUACUGGGUGUGAUAGAUAUACUCAUUCAGAGAUGAUGACUUUAUGUGAAAUGUUCUAGAAAUAUUUCAUGACCAGGUUACUGUACUUUUUUUUUUUUUACUUCAACAUGUGCAAUUCACUUGAUGUUCUUGUGCACUUUUGUGAUUUUUUAUUUCAUUUUGUAUGAAAGCUUUUUCAUUUACCUCUUCUUGCCAUUAUUUAUAAAAGCUAUUGUGGUUUAAAUUUGCAUUGUUGUAGUAAAUAGUAGCUCUUGAAUGUUAUGUUUCAUCUUUCAAACUAAGUAUGAAUAAACAAGUAAAUUCUGAA